AUGUUAGACCUUACUGCAACUACCUUCUCUUCUCGGUGCUCACAAGCCUUAGGAGCCCGCCAACGGCAACGUGAGCAGCACAACGACACUACUGCGGACGUCGCAACUGCAGAGGCAACUGCGCAGGACGUGGACGUGGCGCCGCCAUUGCAGCCGCCACAACAUCCUGGUUCUGGUUCUGGUUCUGACUCCGUCUGUGUACGGGCCGAAGCGUCGGAAGACCUUGACGUCUGGGCACUAGACGGCCCCCUAGACGACCCUACCGCCCUGCCCUGGCCCUCCUCUCUCGAUGAGGACUGGCCUGGUUUAGUGGUUCACGUGGACACGCUCCAGUCUCAGUUCCGGGGAUAUGCAACCCAGAGCCGCGAGCACCGCCUGCGUCUUCGAGUUCACUCACCUCCAACUCCAACGACUUCAACAGUAAAUCAUUGA